CAACAWUGGCCGCUUAUAAGUAAGCUGGGAAUUUAUAUCGCUAUCUUACAUCAAAACUGCGUAUAACGGCGRAUGAAGCUGAGUAUACAACAUGGAGCUUAUGCACGAAGGAAAGCUGUAUAAAGUGAUUGYAGUUACCGAACUGAGCUCKGUUUGUCAAGACGAAUUCAGUGAUGAGAUGGGAUGUGUCCUGGAUUGUCGAGCCGUCAAAAUACAUGACAUUUUGAGUACUUUACCAGCAUUUUGCGAGAUGCUUGAAAACCCAAAAGUGAAAUUUAUGUGGUUAAACUGCUCUUCGUCGAAAUUCCUUGAGCUGAAGGAAAGAUUAAAGAGGCAUUUGAUGGACAAAAACAAUGCGGAAAUCCAAACGAACAUAGUGAAGCUUACAACACACGUACAAUCAAUGGCCGACACUGAUGCUUUGAAGACCAGCGUGGAUGUGUUCAAAUUUCUUACAAAUCUCCAGGAUAUGAGUCGUCUAUUGGACGCUCAUCCUGGUAUAUUACGGGAGGGUAAAGUCAGCUUGCAGGAGCCGUCUUCAAAACGAAAAAGAGCAGAGAAUGAUACUGACAUUGUUGUAUCACAAUCGUACAACGACAGACGUCGACCAGGCAAAAGUGUUUUCAAAUUACUAAGCAAGAUGCAAAAAGGGAAUGCGACUGUUAAAAACAGGCCGUGUUAUAUGUGCAAUUCUAAAGGGUUAUUUGAUCGCUUUUGUGAUGAAUGCCUUGCUCUUAACAAUGAAAUGAGAACAGCAUCGUGUGAUCUAACUGAAAGGUUUUGUAUUGUAACCGGCGGUCGAAUCAAGAUAGGUUUUGAAACUUCCCUGCGUCUUCUAAGGGACGGAUGUUUUGUGAUUGUAACCACCAGGUUUACUGUCGACGCUGCAAAACGAUUCAGCGAACUGUCAGAUUUUAAUGUCUGGAAACACAGGCUYAAAAUAUGCCGUCUCAAUCUGUUAGAUAUGGGCACCAUCGAGGAAUUUCUCAUGUAUGUAAAACAAAACAUCCCACACUUGGACAUAUUAAUCAACAAUGCAGCACAAACAAUCCAUCGACCAUCACAAUAUUACGAGUCGUUGAUGACAGACGAAGUAACUGUCUUUCCAACAUUGUCUAAGGAUGCCUGUAAYCUGCUUGUCAGCAAAGAUCAUUUAAAUCAGCCACAGAGAGUUGCYAUUGACCAACAACCUACCGUAAACAAACAACCGCCAUCUCUGCCYUGGGUUAUGGAUGAAUUCCCAAAAGAUCUGAAAGAUGAACAUGGUGAACAACUGGACCUGCGACAACGAAACAGCUGGACAUACAAUCUGGACGAGGUUCCGCUACAAGAAUUAUUACAAGUAUUAACUAUCAAUGCAGUGGGUCCAUUUAUCCUCACAGCAAAACUAAAGCCUUUCCUUAAGCAAAGUCCAUUUGAGCGAAAGUUUGUGGUGAACGUGUCUGCCAUGGAAGGUCAGUUUUCCCGGUACUCCAAAGGACAUCGUCAUCCUCACACCAAYAUGGCUAAAGCUGCACUGAAUAUGAUGACUCGAACAAGUGGACUGGAGUAUCAAAUGGACGGGAUUUAUAUGACAUCUGUGGAUACUGGCUGGGUAACAGAUGAACGACCUUUCAGUCAAGCUAAACACGAAGCUGAAGURAAAGGAUUUGUUCCCCCWCUAGACUGUCAAGAUGGCGCUGCAAGAGUUUACCAUCCUAUUAUUCAUGGACUUAACCCCAACAAUUCCCCAUAUUUUUCUGUCUUUUUGAAAAACUUUAAACCAAAAAACUGGUAAAAAUUGGUAAAAAAACUGGUAAAGAGUUUCAUUGAGAACGUGCCAGUGGGAAUCGCAAUGAUCGUUUUGACGGCUGGUUUGGUGUGCCAAUGACAUCUUAUUGGUGUCCUCAAGUCUUUCUUGAAUGCCAAACGGAAAGAUUAUGAUUAUCGUUGCGCUAUAGCAAUUCAUUGGUUCCUAUUUUUUUAGUGUGAUUUCUAGGAGACUGUUAUUCCGCCACCAGCCAAGCCAAAGUUAUUCUCUUUCAUUCAAAAAUAUCUAUUUUUUGAUUCAUCCAUACGAAAACUUUUUGCUCGUUUUUUUCUUUUUUCUUUAGAAACGCUUGAACAGUAAUUAAUAAUCGUACGUUUGGACGUAACUUCAACAUCAGAGUAAAUGUCUUUUAACUCGAAUUGUUAAUUGAAAAUAGCUGAUAUUAUGACAAUAAAGUGAAAAAUAAAUGGAUGUAGAUGAC